UCAAACCCCAACCUGGGCUGUUUGGUCUGUUUCGCAAGCGUUCCCAGAAUUCUAGCGAUGUUGCACCUCUGGGUUUAGGAACUCUAUGGUAACGCCAUUUUCGCCCAGCAGUAGCCAACAAAGUGUCUCUAGAGAUGUAAGACCUAGUUAAAUGAAACGUUGUCUAUUUAACAUGAAAGAUAAUGUAAUACUUUUUUGUUCAGAUAUCGCUUCCCGUACAUGGUAUGUAGAUAGCUAGUCACGGAUAAGAAAUAAAGCCGUGACAGCUACCGCAUUGGUUUAAAUUACAUCUGCGGUCAGUCAGGAAGAACAGCGCAAGAGAUAAGAGUCGCUUGGCUAUGUGAGUUUAGUUUCUGUUCUCGCAAAGUCGAUCUAACAAAAAAAUGUAACUUGGUCUUUCAGAAGUAUACAACAUUUCAGUGUUUUGAAUCAGAAACUGCAUUGAAGUCGGACUAACUCCUCACUACUGUGUUGGGAAACGGAUGUCCAACAGAACGGAUGCGUGAGAACAUGUCUGCCAUGGUGUGUGUGAAGGAGGAGGAUGAGGACCCUGGGGAGAAGCUGUCCCAGGAUGAGAUCAUCUCCAGGACCAAGCAGGUGAUCCAGGGCCUGGAGGCUCUAAAGCAGGAGCACAACUCCAUCCUGGAGGGCCUGCUGGGCACGCUGCACUGCCUGAAGCAGGAUGACCAGGGGGUCUUGGUGGAGGAGAAGUCCCUCAUGAUCCGCAAGUCCCUGGAGAUGCUGGAGCUGGGCCUGAGCGAGGCACAGGUGAUGAUGGCGCUGUCGGGCCACCUGAGCUCGGUGGAGUCGGAGAAGCAGAAGCUGCGUGCGCAGGUGCGCCGGCUGUGCCAGGAGAACCAGUGGCUGAGGGACGAGCUGGCAGGCACCCAGCAGAAGCUGCAGAAGAGCGAGCAGAGCGUGGCUCAGCUGGAGGAGGAGAAGAAACACCUGGAAUUCAUGAACCAGCUGAAGAAGUACGACAAGGACCUGUUGCCAUCGGAGGAGAAUGACUCUGACUCCAGUAAAGAUAAUCUGGAUGAUCUGUUCCCAGACGACCAGGAUGACCAACCUCCAGGCAUCCAGCAGCCCCAUGGUAGUGCAGCAGCAGCUGCGGCCCAGCAGGGAGGCUAUGAGAUCCCGGCCCGCCUCAGGACCCUUCACAACCUGGUGAUCCAGUACGCCUCCCAGGGCCGCUACGAGGUGGCCGUGCCCCUCUGCAAACAGGCCUUGGAGGACCUGGAGAAGACCUCCGGACACGACCACCCUGACGUGGCCACCAUGCUCAACAUCCUGGCCUUGGUCUACAGGGACCAGAACAAAUACAAAGAGGCAGCCAACCUGCUGAAUGACGCUCUGGCGAUCAGGGAGAAGACUCUGGGCAGGGACCAUCCAGCGGUGGCUGCUACACUCAACAACCUGGCCGUGCUCUACGGGAAACGGGGGAAGUACAAAGAGGCGGAGCCACUUUGCAAGCGGGCUCUGGAGAUCCGGGAGAAGGUUCUGGGUAAGGAUCACCCGGAUGUGGCCAAGCAGCUGAACAACCUGGCCCUGUUGUGUCAGAACCAGGGCAAGUAUGAGGAGGUGGAGUACUACUACCAGCGGGCCCUGGAGAUCUACCAGACCAAACUGGGCCCUGACGACCCCAACGUGGCCAAGACCAAGAACAACCUGGCAUCCUGUUACCUGAAGCAGGGGAAGUUCAAGCAGGCUGAAACUCUGUACAAAGAGAUCCUUACCCGCGCACAUGAGAGGGAGUUUGGCUCUGUAGACGAUAAGAACAAACCCAUUUGGAUGCAUGCGGAGGAGAGAGAGGAACAGAGCAAGGGAAAGCAGCAGGACGGCUCCCCGUUCGGAGAGUAUGGAGGCUGGUACAAAGCCUGUAAAGUAGACAGCCCUACAGUGACCACCACCCUGAAGAACCUGGGCGCCCUCUACAGGCGGCAGGGUAAAUUAGAGGCGGCAGAGACCCUAGAGGAAGCCGCCAUGCGCUCCAGAAAACAGGGUCUGGACACGGUGCACAAGCAGCGUGUGGCGGAUGUUCUGAGCGAACCAGAGGCGCGGGAGAAGCAGUGGAGCCGCGAGAGCCUGACCUCCGACGCCACAGUCAAGUACGAGAGUGGCCCGGACGGGGGCGAGGAAGUGAGUAUGAGCGUGGAGUGGAACGGGGACGGUUCCGGCUCUCUGAAGCGGAGCGGCUCCUUCAGUAAACUCCGUGCCUCUAUUCGCCGCAGCAGUGAGAAACUGGUCCGCAAGCUGAAGGGCAGCAGCUCACGGGAGUGGGACCCCAAAAACUCUGGCAUGAAGCGAGCCAGCUCACUGGGUGUUCUAAACGUGGUGGACAAGGCUACCGGAAACCUCUACCAAGAGCGAAAUAAUCGUCUGAGAAUGAGUCGGGACCUGAGUGCCAGCCACACUGACCUGGCGCAUUGAAGGUCGGAACUCAGAAUGUUCCAGUGGAGAGGUGACAGAGGUCAUGGGGUCAGUCUCCUGUAACUGCUACACCCUCCACCCAGGUUAAACCAAACAACCCCCUCCUAAACCAUACACAACUGUCCAUCUGCUCACUGUACAGAUGGCUACAGUACGUAGGUUUCACAAUCUCAUUGCACUUUGAUCUCGUCGCUGGUUUGCUUAGAGGGUGUUUUUAUUUAAACGUUUUCUCUUUUUUUUUUAUAUCAUUGAGCAACAUGAGAUUAGUUAUAAUGAACGACAAAUGUAUAACGCUAAUCAAGUGUAAAUGCGUGUGUGUGGAAGUAAGUAUGCGCCUAUAUUUUAUGGUUGAGUGCUCAUAUGAGAGAAUGUUCUUUUUUUUUCUUCUGUGUGUGUGGUUGCUUUUUCCUACCUUACCUCCACAGAUCUAAAUAAUAACUUAAAUAAUUUGGUUUUCACUUGAAUGGAAUAUGUGAGCAGUUCAGGAGGUCCUAGUAGAGUACUUAACUCUGCUGUCUCACCCCCUUUACGUCCAAAUGGAUGUCCUGUGUGUUCUUAUUGAAGUGUUAGCUAUGCUUGUUGUAUGAAGUUUUAUGUUUACAUUUGGGUUGUGUAAAUUAUGGUUUAUUUUAUUUCUUACGCUGAUCUGGGGAAUCUUAUUUCUUGGUAUCAGAGGUCUUGAAACUGAUAGCUCUGCCUCUAUAGUUUCAUGAUGUUACUGCAAUUGAAGAGACUGCUCAAAUGUAUGUGAAGUUAUGAGGCAGGAUCGUUCAGUUGGCACAUUAAGUAUAUGUGGUCGAUUUCUCAGGAUUGUCACAGAACAGAAGAUGGCUAGAGAGGCUAGUUUUGAUAUACACUGACUGCACUAGAUAUUUAACACAAGAACCUGUUAAAAUCAAAUGCAAUUUCCAGUAAUAGCAGAAAAAUAUUGUUACAAUCUAGAGUAAAAACAUUGUUUACCAAUUUGUACCAAUCUGUUUCUGUAUGUUGAAUGAUGGAUAGAGUAAGACUAUGUAUAAAGAGUGAAAUUAAGCUGAAGGACUUGGACUUCAUUAGAUUAAAUAUCCAACAAAAAGUUACAUGUUUUUAUUGCUCUAUUAUAGGACUUGCUGUCACCAAAGUGAAACAAUGUAAAUGUGGUGUUCUCAAAACUUUCUAGUUAACGGUUGCUCGUUUCUGGAGUGUGCCUUUUUUUAGGUCCACAGACAUGAUCCUACUGACCCCUGACACUGGUUUGGGUUGCUUGUUGGGUGGACUGUUAAUGUGGGCUGUUGAUGGGGAUGUGUGAUAACGUUCUCUUAUGUAAGGAAGGUGACUGUUACAUUUGACUUCAGACAGCAUAGGACCAGGGACUCUCCUAGUCCAUCACCAGGAUGACUUAAUAUGAGGGGUGAAACAUCACUAAUUAGGGUUAAAUUGACAAGACCGGUUAUACUGUCCAAGGAACAGGACCUAUUUUUAUGAUAAACAAGCAAGUUGUCAUGAGCAGAGUGAACCAUGGAGUAGUGAGUAAUUUGCUCAGUGAAAACCAGAAAUUGUUUUAGAAUUUCAAGCAGAGGUCUGUGGUAUAGUUUACUGUUUAUUGCAGUUUGUUUGCUAAAAAGGUUUUAGUGUCUCAUGCAAUAACGGAAUAGGCUUUUAUAUGCAGAAUGCAGUUGGUCAUUAGAAAAACCUAACUUUUUGCUUCCCUAUACAAAUAUAUAACACACAAUGAAGCAUUUCAUUAACUUUUGCAAGCUUUUAGCCUCACCUUGUUAUGUACAGAUUAGAUCAUACUACUAUACAAGUGCAAAGAACUUGAUAUAAGCACACACUUGUAAGCUUAUAAUGUGUGUUGGAAGCCCUCAUUUCACUGUUGAUCAGUUUGUCUGUUAAUCAUCAUUCUAUGUUCACUCUGAGUUACUGGAAAGCUGCCACAGUGUCCAAUUUAUUUACAAAAUCACAAAUUCAGAUAGCUAGACAUUGAAUUAUUGAGCAUAAUAUGUAUGAUUUUAUAUCAGAGGCAUUCAAGUAUACUGUUUUGAGAAAAAAUAGGAUCCCAUUUCUGAAAUGUCAUCAUCCCCUGCCCCUUUGGUUAUGACCAUAUUCUUGUUAGGUCAUGGAAAUCCCUCUCAAAUGCCUGGCUGGUAAUUCUGUUUUUUAAAGUCUUUAGUAUUUUGCUUGCUGUCAGAACAGUUCACUUUCUAAGUGAUUAUGGUGAAGAAGUAAAUGUAUAAAUCCUAUUCUUAAGCUCAAAGACAGGUGUGGUUAAUGAUUUGAAACAAGUAAUCCUAUGAGCAGUGGUAGAAUUGCUGCAUUUAAGCAGGCAGCCUAAUUCUGACCUUUUUUCCACAAAUUGGUCUUUUGGCCAAUCACAUCAGAUCUUUUCACAGCAGAUAUUUUUCUGGGCUGAUCUGAUUGGUCAAAAGACCAAUAAGUAAAACAAAUAUCAGAAUUGGGCUGCCGGUGUAAACGCAGCUUCUGAGUCACUUGAGGUGGUGCACAGAAUCUUAUGGAGAAGGACAACACGCCCUGAACUAGUGAAACACUGCUGGGAAAUCUUCAUGAUGACAUCACCCUAUUGUUAGUGUGACACAGUCAAUGCACCAGCCUCUCUACUGUCCAAGUGCACUUUUUUUUGUUUGGGGUUGGGCUGGAGUGUGUGUCUGUUUGGGGAUGUCCUAGGCUAGACUGGCAAUAGGAUCCCACAAUUGGUAACUACCCAAACUUCCAGCCCCUCUCCCUUAGGAUGCCUGCUGUGCUGGCUGGAUCCCUUUAGCCUGAACUGUGGUGUUUGAAGUGUUUGUCCUGCAAAAAUAUAUUGUAUGGUAUAAAUUGUAUGAAUAAAAUUAUACAAAUGUU